GCCGCCCUCGAGGGCAUGUCGGACCGCGACGUUGAAGCACUUACAUACCAGCUCCUCGGCCGCCUGCCUCGGUCCAAGCUCGCGGACAUCCAGCGACGCAUAGACCCCAUGCUCCGCUUUGACUUGAUUUCUCACCUCCCCACCGAGCUCGCGCUCAAGGUCUUCUCCUGCCUGCCCGCGCCGGACCUGCUCGCGUGCGGGCGCGUGUGCAGGCGCUGGCGCGCCGUCGCGGACGACCAGGCGCUCUGGCGCGCGCUGUGUGCCGCGCGCGGGUGGCGGUGGCGCUCGAACGGCGUGUUGUCUGAUAGCAAGGCGAAGAGGCGGAGUGCGUCGCUCACGGGCGCGGGGGGCGGUGAGGGGGCGAGGCGGCGCGAGAGGGAGGACGGGGACGAGGACGAGGGGAUGGGAGAUGAAGAAGAGGACGACGAGAGCGAGAGCGAGGACGAGGGGAUGGGGAUGGGUGAGCGGUUGGAUGGCCAUGUUGGGGCGGGUGCGGGCGCGGCACAAGACGAGAGCGCCGACUCGGGGUUUCAGUCCAUGGUCAACGGUUCAAUGGACGUCAUGCGAGUCGGCGAACGAGAAGAUGCGUUCCGAGUACAUUCGCCGCAGGCGAUCUCCCCUGCGCGCUCGACGGCUUCGGACGCUACGAUCGUGCUUUCUGCGACACCGACACCUGCGAGACGCACCGUCUCCGCCGGCCCCUCACUAUCUCGCCUGCCCAUCCGCCUCGCGCCCUCCUCGUCAUCUUCUCGGCCCUCUGUACCCGCCGCACCGACGCCUUUAGCGCCGGACUACAAGCUCCUCCACCGCACGCACACGCUGCUGCACGCCCGCGUCCGGCGCGGCGCGUACCGCCUGCGCACGCUCCCUGGCCCGAGUGGCGGCGGACACACCGCAGCCGUGUACUGUCUCGCGCUGUGGACGUACCCUGCGCACUUCCAGUCUCGGACGCAGCGCGCUCCUCGCUUUAACAAUGGCAGCGGUAGCAGGAGCGGCGAGCCGCUGCAGGUGCUCUUCACGGGCUCGAAGGACCGCACGGUGCGCGAGUGGGACGUGCGCACGGGGAGGCUGAGGCGCGUUAUUGCGGGGAGACACAGCUCGUCUGUGCUUAGUCUUUGUGUUGCGCCUUCGCGCUCUCAGGUUGGCACCGAAGAUGGUGAAGACGACGGCACCGACGAGCUGGGCGACGCGGGUCUGCUGGUUACAGGCGGGAGCGACCGGCUCGUGACGGUGUGGGACCUGGGCAAGGACAGACUCGUCAAGGCGCUCAGGGACCACCUCGACAGUGUGCUGUGUGUAAGGGUGGACGGGGGCAGGCUGGUGACGUGCUCGAAAGAUCGCACGGUACGGACGUACGCCUUUCCUUCGCUGCAGGCGCAGUUCGUCCUGGAGGGCCACCGCGCGGCCGUGAACGCGGUGUCGGUCGUUGGGGACACGAUCAUCUCGGGCUCGGGGGACCGGUCGGUGAGGGUGUGGGACGCUCGCACGGGCGAGCUUGUGCAGUCGUUCGAGGACCAUCAUAGUCGCGGGAUCGCGUCUAUCGAGUUCCACCCGCCGUUCCUCCUCUCGGGCUCGUCGGACCGCCACGUGCGGAUGUUCGACAUCUCGACGUCGCAGGGGUGGUCGACGAGCCACCGGUACGAUACUGCGGCCCAGGCCGCGGUCGCGCCUCAGAUGGGUGCGGCGCCGUACGCUUCGGCGGCGAUGGCGAACGCCGCUCUGGCUGGCGCAAGUGCCACUUCAACGAUGGCGGCGGGCGGCUCGUUCAUGCAGGGCGUGCAGCUGCACGGCUCGCUCUCGCAGACUCUUUUGCAGGGCUCGGUGGGUCUGGAUGCGGCGGGCGCGGACUUCGGCCACCCUGUGGCGGCGCCUAAUUCGACCGUGACGCUCGGGCAUCACAACUACACUCAUAAUGGUGGAGUGGGUGUGGGUGCUGCUCAGCAGCCGCAAACGGUGCUGAUGCAGUGCGGCUCGUGUCGCGCGCGGGCGGUGACGGCGAUACCGAUCCGGGCAUAUGAGCGGCACGGGCAGCUGGUGAGGAGUGUUGCGCUCGGGGACGAGUUCGCGAUCACGGGGAGCUAUGAUUUGAGUAUUAAGGUGUGGGAUCGGAAGACGGGUGCGCUGGUCGCUGAUCUCGUCGAGGGGCAUGUGGGGCGGAUAUUUUGUGUGGGGUUUGACGGCGCGAAGAUCGUGUCGUGUGGAGAAGACCAGAGGGUGUGCAUAUGGGACUUUUCGCAUGGGAUGGAUACGUCGUUCAUCGAGUUGUAGUCUUUUUUUUUGUCACGAUCAAUGAG